GCCAUGGCCGCUGCCUCUCACCUGAACUCGGAUGCACUUCGGGAAGUUCUGGAGUGCCCCAUUUGCAUGGAGUCCUUUACUGAGGACCAGCUGAGGCCCAAACUCUUACACUGUGGGCACACCAUCUGCAAGCAGUGCUUGGAGAAACUCCUGGCAAACAGCAUCAAUGGGAUACGCUGCCCCUUCUGCAGCAAGAUCACUCGGAUCACAAACUUGGCUCAACUGACCGACAAUCUCACGGUGCUGAAGAUCAUAGACACCACAGGACUGAGUGAAGCUGUGGGCCUUUUCAUGUGCAAAGUUUGCGGGAGAAGGUUACCCAGGCACUUCUGCAAGAGCUGUAAUUUGGUUCUGUGUGACCCGUGCAAGGAAAUGGAACAUCAGCAGCAAGGACAUGGUGUUGUUGCCAUCAAAGAGGCUGCUGAUGAACGGAGGAGGGAAUUUGGGGUAAAGCUUGGCAGACUUCGGGAGCUCAUGGGGGAUCUGCAGAAAAGAAAAGCAUCUCUGGAAGGGGUCUCCAAAGAUGUGCAAUCCAGAUACAAAGCAGUUCUUCAGGAUUACAGCAAGGAAGAGCGCAAGAUCCAGGAAGAACUGGCAAGGUCACGGAAGUUCUUCACAAACUCUUUGUCUGAAGUGGAGAAAGUAAAUAACCAGGUAAUGGAGGAACAGGCUUAUCUGCUGAACAUAGCAGAGGUGCAGAUCGUAUCCCGAUGUGACUAUUUCCUUGCCAAGAUUAAGCAGGGAGAUAUAGCUCUCUUGGAGGAGGCAGCAGAUGAGGAAGAGCCAGAACUGACGAACAGCCUACCAAGAGAGCUGACUCUGCAAGAGGUGGAGCUCCUCAAGGUGGGCCACGUGGGGCCACUGCAGAUUGGGCAGGUGGCGAAGAAACCUCGGACAGUCAACAUGGAGGAAUCUCUGAUGGAGACUGCUGCAUCCUCGUCGGCUACAUUUAGGGAGACUGACGUGGUGCAAGAAGAGACUAGUUUGACACCAAAUUCCUCACCUGCCAAACCAAGGAUGCCUGAAACAGCCACUAGCAUCCAGCAAUGUCACUUCCUCAAGAAGAUGGGCUCCAAAGGCAGCAUGCCAGGGAUGUUCAAUCUUCCUGUCAGCGUACAUGUCACCGUACAGGGAGAGGUGCUUGUGGCAGAUCGUGGCAAUUUCCGAAUCCAGGUAUUUACCCGCAAGGGUUUUCUGAAGGAGAUCCGGCGGAGCCCUAGUGGCAUUGAUAGCUUUGUGCUGAGUUUCCUUGGAGCAGAUCUACCCAAUUUGACUCCCCUAUCUGUCACCAUGAACUGCCAUGGCCUGAUAGGAGUGACUGACAGCUAUGAUAACUCACUAAAGGUGUAUACCAUGGAUGGACACUGCGUUGCAUGUCACAGGAGCCAGCUUAGCAAGCCCUGGGGCAUCACAGCUCUGCCUUCAGGGCAGUUCGUAGUGACCGAUGUGGAAGGAGGAAAGCUCUGGUGUUUCACAGUGGACCGUGGUGUUGGGGUAGUUAAGUACAGUUGCUUAUGUAGUGCUGUGCGCCCAAAGUUUGUCACUUGUGAUUCUGAAGGGACUGUAUACUUCACUCAGGGGCUGGGACUCAACCUGGAGAACCGCCAGCAUGAGCACCACCUCGAGGGGGGCUUUUCAAUUGGCUCUGUAGGUCCAGAUGGGAACUUAGGCCGCCAGAUCAGCCAUUUCUUCUCGGAGAACGAGGAUUUCAGGUGCAUCGCUGGGAUGUGCGUGGAUUCUAGGGGAGACCUGAUUGUUGCAGACAGCAGCCGUAAAGAAAUCCUGCAUUUUCCUAAAGGAGGUGGCUACAAUAUCUUAAUCAGGGAAGGCCUCACCUGCCCUGUUGGCAUAGCCAUUACACCUAAAGGGCAGCUGCUAGUGCUGGACUGUUGGGAUCAUUGCAUUAAGAUCUACAGUUACCAUUUGAGGAGGUAUUCCACACCUUAAGGGUGUUUCACUG